AUGGGGGUUGGAGAUGAUGCUGAUUUUCUCAGAAUAAGGGAGAUACUAAAGGAACGCAUUCGAAAAGAGAGAAGGACGGCAUCGGACUUUGUUGAUGACUGCUCGGUUGAUAAGAAGAAGAUACCUAAACACAGACCCUUCUUUGGCCCCUCACAACAUUGCAUUUCUCAAAGAUUAAUUGAAGGUAGGGAUGCGUUAAUGCAAGAGCUUAGGAUUAGUUCACAGGAUGUGAGCAAGGUAGAGAUCCUUGAUACAAUUACAGAUCCAGAAUCGUCUGAAUUAGAGGCCGAGCCGGGUACGGCGAACGUUGCAAAGCUCAGGGAAUCUCGGGAUUACUCUUGGUUGUCAACAGACGAAGAAGUUCCGAAAGAAGAUGAUGGAAUUAAUAAAGAUAUUUUUGUCUCGAAAUCAAGUGAUGCACAAACUCCAAAUUCUAAACAACCUCUGAAAACACUUUCAGGGUGGCAGAAACCCUCCUCAGCAAAGAACGCACAAGACCAAAGUAAUACACCAAAAAAGGAGAAAUCGAUGGCAGAUAGACCUCAAUGUUCUCUGAAAAGCAAACCCUCAUUGGAAAAGUCAAAAUAUGAAAACAAGGAAAGAUUGAAAACUAUAGCCGAGAAGGUUGAUGAUGAGGAUUCAGACAAGGAUGAGGAUGAAGACAAUAAUGUUUACGUUUCUUCAAUCAUCCAAGGAUUGUUUAGAGGUAAUCGUAAGAGGCCCGCAACUUUGGAUUAUGAUGAUAGAGAUGAUCGUGCAAUGGUAUCCAGCUUUGCUGAUAUCGAGAGAGAAGAGAGGAGAAGCGCAAAACUUGCAAGGCAGGAAGAUGAAAUAGAGGCUCUAAGGAUUGAACAAGAAGAAAAGGAAAGAUUAAGAAGAGCAAAGAAGAGAAAGCUGCUGCAGAAAUCCACAACUGAGUGA